GAUCAAUAGCGAUGAUGACUGAGUGUACAAGCCUUCAGUUUGUCAGCCCUUUUGCUUUCGAGGCAAUGCAGAAGGUGGAUGUUGUUCGCCUGGCGUCUUUAAGUGAUCCAGAAUUGAGACUUCUCCUGCCAUGCUUGGUACGGAUGGCACUUUGUGCUCCUGCUGACCAGAGCCAAAGCUGGGCUCAGGAUAAAAAACUGAUCCUUCGCCUUCUCUCUGGAGUGGAAGCUGUCAACUCCAUUGUUGCAUUGUUGUCUGUGGACUUUCAUGCUUUGGAACAGGAUGCCAACAAAGAACAGCAGCUUAGGCAUAAACUUGGAGGAGGAAGUGGAGAGAGCAUCCUAGUAUCACAGCUUCAGCACGGACUGACAUUAGAGUUUGAACAUAGCGAUUCACCUCGCCGAUUGCGUCUUGUGCUUAGUGAACUGUUGGCAAUUAUGAACAAGGUGUCUGAGUCCAAUGGAGAAUUUUUUUUAAAAUCUUCUGAGCUCUUUGAGAGUCCAGUCUAUUUGGAGGAAGCUGCAGAUGUACUUUGUAUUUUACAAGCAGAGCUCCCUUCCUUACUUCCUAUAGUUGAUGUCGCUGAAGCCUUGCUCCAUGUUAGAAAUGGUGCCUGGUUCUUGUGUCUCUUGGUGGCCAAUGUUCCUGAUAGUUUUAAUGAAGUUUGUAGGGGCCUGAUUAAAAAUGGAGAACGACAAGAUGAAGAAAGUCUUGGAGGAAGGCGCAGGACAGAUGCCUUACGCUUCUUGUGUAAAAUGAAUCCUUCUCAGGCCCUCAAGGUCCGAGGCAUGGUGGUGGAAGAGUGCCACUUGCCAGGCCUUGGUGUGGCUUUGACAUUGGAUCAUACUAAAAAUGAAGCUUGUGAAGAUGGAGUGAGUGACUUGGUUUGUUUUGUUAGUGGUUUGCUUCUUGGAACAAAUGCCAAAGUCCGGACUUGGUUUGGAACUUUUAUCCGUAAUGGACAGCAGAGAAAAAGAGAGACCAGCAGUUCUGUCCUUUGGCAAAUGAGAAGGCAGCUUCUUCUGGAAUUGAUGGCCAUUCUUCCCACAGUAAGAAGUACUCGAAUUGUGGAAGAGGCUGAUGCGGACAUGGAACCCAACGUGUCUGUGUAUUCGGGGCUGAAAGAAGAGCAUGUUGUGAAAGCCAGUGCACUCUUACGUCUGUACUGUGCUUUGAUGGGGAUCGCUGGACUCAAACCAACUGAAGAAGAAGCUGAACAGCUACUACAGUUGAUGACGAGCCGCCCUCCCGCCACGCCGGCCGGCGUCCGCUUCGUCUCGCUCUCCUUUUGUAUGCUGCUGGCCUUCUCUACUCUCGUCAGUACACCUGAACAGGAGCAGCUAAUGGUGGUGUGGCUAAGUUGGAUGAUAAAAGAAGAAGCCUAUUUUGAGAGUACUUCAGGCGUCUCUGCUUCGUUUGGGGAGAUGUUAUUAUUGGUGGCUAUGUACUUUCACAGCAACCAACUGAGUGCUAUCAUUGACUUGGUUUGUUCCACUUUGGGAAUGAAGAUUGUAAUUAAGCCAAGCUCCUUGAGUAGGAUGAAGACCAUCUUCACACAGGAAAUUUUUACUGAGCAGGUUGUCACAGCUCACGCAGUUCGAGUCCCUGUCACCAGCAACCUGAGUGCCAACAUUACUGGGUUUUUGCCUAUUCAUUGUAUUUACCAGCUUCUCAGGAGUCGUUCCUUUACCAAGCACAAAGUGUCAAUAAAAGACUGGAUUUAUAGACAGCUGUGUGAAACCUCUACUCCACUCCAUCCUCAAUUACUUCCUCUGAUUGAUGUGUACAUAAAUUCUAUACUCACUCCUGCAUCUAAGUCUAAUCCAGAGGCCACAAAUCAGCCAGUUACAGAACAAGAGAUACUCAAUAUUUUCCAAGGAGUCAUUGGGGGUGACAGUAUCCGCCUUAAUCAGCGUUUCAGCAUCACAGCCCAGCUUUUGGUGCUCUACUAUAUACUAUCGUAUGAGGAAGCUCUCCUAGCAAACACGAAGACUUUAGCUGCCAUGCAGAGGAAGCCCAAAUCAUACUCUUCAUCUUUAAUGGAUCAGAUUCCAAUCAAAUUUCUUAUUCGACAGGCUCAAGGGCUGCAGCAGGAGUUGGGAGCAUUUUCAGCUGUCCCAGUAAAUUACACACAAGUGAUGCAGAUUAUAGAACACUUGACUCUACUCUCUGCCAGUGAACUUAUACCAUAUGCGGAUGUAUUAAUAUCCAAUAUGAAUCAGCUGUUGAAUUCAGGGGUUCCACGGAGAAUUCUUCAAACAGUCAAUAAACUAUGGAUGGUUCUUAAUACUGUGAUGCCGAGAAGGCUGUGGGUAAUGACAGUUAAUGCACUUCAACCUUCAAUAAAGUUUGUACGACAACAAAAGUAUACUCAGAAUGACCUCAUGAUAGAUCCUCUUAUUGUCCUAAGAUGUGAUCAGAGGGUUCACAGAUGUCCCCCGUUGAUGGAUAUCACUCUGCAUAUGUUGAAUGGUUAUCUGCUUGCAUCUAAAGCUUACCUUAGUGCUCAUCUGAAGGAAACAGCAGAGCAAGAUAGACCUUCCCAGAAUAACACAAUUGGUUUAAUUGGACAAACUGAUGCUCCAGAAGUUACCAGGGAAGAAUUAAAAAAUGCAUUGCUGGCUGCUCAGGAUAGUGCAGCUGUCCAGAUUCUCUUAGAGAUUUGCUUACCUAAGGAAGAGGAGAAAGCAAAUGGUAUCAAUCCAGACAGCUUGCUAAGGAAUGUUCAAAGUGUUAUUACCACUAACACUCCAAAUAAGGGGAUGGAGGAAGGAGAAGACAAUUUACUCUGUAAUCUUCGGGAAGUUCAGUGCCUUAUCUGUUGUCUCUUGCACCAAAUGUACAUUGCAGAUCCCAACAUUGCUAAGCUUGUUCACUUUCAGGGUUAUCCAUGUGAACUUUUGCCUCUGACAGUUGCAGGUAUUCCAUCUAUGCACAUCUGUCUGGAUUUCAUACCUGAGCUUAUUGCACAGCCAGAACUUGAAAAACAGGUAAUGAACAUUUUAGAGCUUUCAGACAAUUGUUGUCUAGCUGGGUGUUGUGUUUUAACACAGGCUAAACGGUAUGCUUUUUUCAUGCCAACUCUGCCAAGUCUGGUCUCUUUUUGUCGAGCAUUUCCUCCACUGUAUGAGGAUAUCAUGUCCUUGCUGAUCCAAAUAGGACAAGUUUGCGCUUCUGACGUUGCCACUCAGACAAGAGACAUUGACCCAAUUAUUACACGUCUUCAACAAAUAAAGGAGAAACCAAGCGGAUGGCCUCAAAUCUGUAAAGAUCCGUCUUAUAAAAAUGGAUCCAGGGACACUGGGAGUAUGGAUCCUGAUGUACAGCUCUGUCAUUGUAUUGAAAGCACAGUAGUUGAAAUAAUAAAUAUGAGUGUUAGUGGAAUUUAAAAAAAAUUUAAGACAAAAAUAUGAAGGUGUUUGGUGCAUAUACCCAACAUGAAUCAUAUAACAGCUCUGAAAUGGGAACAGUAAUGUCUUGGAAUCAUUAAAACAAUUCAGUUCAACAUGAAUACUAUUUAGAACUUGAGAAUUACGCUUGCUUAUAUUUGAUUGGCACAUCUUUGGAUCUGCUUUGCAGAUGUGUCUAUUGUAGGAGCCAAGAUUUUUUUUCCCUUGGGAGCACAUUUAAGAAACUCAUUACUGGAAAGGGAGUUUGGCCUUGUAUUUAGCUUUUGAAGUGAAGAAAGACUGCCAUGCCUUUAAUUUCUUAUACAAAUGGGUCUAUGGAUAGCCUUAGUAGUGUUUAUUUCAAUUGUGAGCUUGUAAUGGAGUUCAACA